UACAACUUUCUCUUAUCAACCGUACAACCAUUUCAUCAAAAUUAGACUCGCCGCCAUCAGGUUUCAUCAUGAGUCCAAGCGCGCUCAAUACUGAGGCCGCCGUGGGCCCCGAGGGACCCCGGCAGAAGAGCCGUGCCACCGCCGAUACGAUACGAGUUGGUUGCAUCGCGAUGGUCGAGAAGGACGGACAAGGUCGUCGCGCCGAAAUUCUAAGCAUCAGAGAUACCAAAAGCGGUCGCCAAUUCUACUGCAACUUCGACAACUUCAACAAGCGAUUAGAUGAGUGGGUACCUGUGAAGAGGAUAGAUUUCGAUCAGGAUGUCGAGUGGCCGAAUCCCGACAAAGAUAAACCCAAGGAAGGAAAGGGCAAGAAUUCUACCGCGCCUAAGAGGAAAACAGUUGGAAAUAAAUCACAGAAGCGGCCCGGGAAGAGGGAACAAUCGGUUAUGUCCGAGGCUGUCACGCCUAUUCAGUGGACCGAUUUCGCCGAUAGUCAGUCGCAAUCGAAAGCUCCGUCGACGCCACGCGAUCUCGAGCCGAAGGCCGGAGAAACUCCCGCGGCCAAUGGUGACGAGAUGGACAUAGACGAAGACGAACCAACACCCGAAGUUAAGAAAGAGAAUGGUUUCAGCAGGGAAGCAGAGAUAGAGAAGCUGCGGACCGGUGGCUCCAUGACACAGAACCCUACCGAACUCGCUAGAAUACGAAAUAUAUCCAGAGUCCAAUUCGGUCAAUGGGACCUAUUCCCCUGGUACUUCUCGCCAUAUCCGGAGUCGUUUACUCAAGAAGACAUUAUAUACAUAUGCGAAUUCUGUUUGAGUUACUAUGGUGAUAAGAAGGCUUUCUCUCGGCAUCGGCAAAAGUGUACUCUCCAACAUCCACCCGGAAAUGAGAUAUACCGAGACGACUACGUAUCGUUCUUUGAGAUUGACGGGCGGCGACAACGGACCUGGUGCCGAAACCUAUGUUUGAUAUCUAAGAUGUUCCUCGACCACAAGACUCUCUACUACGAUGUGGAUCCCUUUCUAUUCUACGUCAUGACACAGAAAUCUGAGAAGGGCCAUCAUCUCGUAGGCUAUUUCUCCAAGGAGAAGGAGAGCGCCGACGGAUACAACGUAGCCUGUAUUCUCACUUUGCCCCAAUAUCAGCGAAAGGGUUUCGGCAGAUUAUUAAUCCAAUUUUCCUAUGAGCUCUCCAAAAUCGAGGGUAAGCUAGGAUCCCCCGAGAAGCCGCUGUCUGAUUUAGGUCUUCUCAGUUAUCGCCAAUAUUGGUCGGAGAAUAUACUGGAACUUUUGCUUGAGUGCAAUGAGCGGGAUGAGAAGUCGAGCAUUGAACAGAUCUCGACUUCGCUCGCCAUGACCACUCAGGACGUCGAGCACACAUUACAGGCGCUCAAGAUGCAAGUGUAUCAUAAGGGAGAGCACAAGCUAGUCAUUCCGGACUCAUUGAUCAAGCAGCGAGAGAAGUCCAAGCUGAAGAAGAAGCGAUACAUUUCACCCGAGCGCAUCCAGUGGAGACCCCCCGUGUUCACUGCUUCUUCGCGAACUUGGGGUUGGUAAGGUGUUUGAUUGGGGGUGUUAUUAUGGCGUUGGAAAGGGAGCGUGUACACUACUGAAUACUUUAGAUACCCAAUAUGCGUGCUGUUUAUCGUGAUGUUUAACGUUCUCAAUUUCCAUCACUGCGCAAGACGGUCUGCUACCGCAGUAUUCAACGAAGGGAAUGGAGUAUUCAAAUUGAGCAUAUCUUAGGUUAGAUAGUUUUCAAAAGAGAAGACAGUUUGACAAUGUUAUCCGCCC